CUUCCUAACCGUCUGGCUUUCUCUCUCGAGAAACAGAGGCAAAAGAGAAAGCAGAGCGAGAGGACAAAAGCGACGACAGAGCGGGCCAAAGGAGCAAAAGGAGAAAGAGAGAAGGAAGACGAAGAAGAAGAAGAAGCAGUGGAACGAGGGAAUGGGGAGCAACAGCGUGGAGAUUUCGAUCCGAGAGGCGGGUUCGAGGGAGAAUGGUAGGAAUAAUACCAUCACGCGAAUCAAUCAGAUAGCGCCUACGCAGGCUGAUGCAGUUGAUUUAAACCACAGACGGCCCAGCGCCAACUUCGCCCGCAGGCUCGCUACGCUCCUCUUCUUUGCGCACCUCGUCGCCGCCGCCAUCCUCAUCAUCAUCCUCUGCAUUCGUGGCUUCCUUGCCAGGAACCCAGCAUUCCAUGCGGACCACUGGUUCACGCCCCUCCUCACCUCCGCCGCCGCCUCCACCCUCGUCGCCCUUCUCUGGUUGCUCUUCGUCCUCCAUCGCCCAGCCAAAGCCCUCAAGGCCUCCCUCUGGCUCUCCCCGUCCCUCGCUUGUGCUGUCGCCGUGCUCCUCCUGACCGACGAUGGCGGUUACAGCCUGGCCUUCGGGGUGCUCGCCCUGGCCAUUGCUCUGGUGCAGUCACUGUACGGCUGUUGGAUCACUCGCCGCCUUCACCAUGCCUACGAGAUCCUUUCCGCCUCCGUCGCAGCCGUCCCACCCAAUCUCAUGCUGGCCAAGUACGUUGCGCUCGCGCUCCUCACAGCCUUCGUUUACUUCUCCUUCUGGACGCUGGGCGCCGGCGGCGUUGCAGCCAACGACGACUCGCGGCUCGCUCCACUGUACGUGCUGCUACUGCUGCUAAGCCUCGCAUGGACGAUGCAGGCCAUCCGGUACGCGGUCCUCGUCGCGGUGGCUCAACUAGCCUACACGAAGUUCGCAAGCGGGACCGACGCAGCCGUGGCGGCGGCCUUCGACGCCACCGCCAAGCGCGUGCUUGGCGACGUGUGCUACGGCUCGGCCGUAGUGCCGACCGUGGUGGCGGUCCAGGGUAUGGCGCAGGCGAUGGGCCUGGUCGUCGGCGACUCGGACGAGUUCCUGUUCUCAUGCGCCAGCUGCUUCAUGGGCGUCGCUGACCGGCUGGUGACGAGCGGGAACAGGUGGGGGUUCGUCUACGUCGGGGCACACGGCAAGUGGCUAGGGAAUGCGUCGGCGGAGGUAUGGGACAUGUUCAUCAAGCAGGGAAUGGGGCAGCUGAUCGACCUGGACCUCACGGGACCCUUCUGCUUCCUCUGCGGGGUAGCCGGCGGCGGCGUCUCGGCCUUGGUUGCAGGAUCCUGGUCACUGGCGGCGCACAGAGGCCAUGUAACGGAUGUCACAGUCUAUGCCUUCAUCAUCGGCUAUUUCAUGACGCGGAUCGCGAUAGCGUGGCCGCAGGCCUGCGUGGCGGCCUACCAUGUGGCCUUCGCCGAGAACCCGCAGAACGAGCAGUUGGGCUCCUGCAUACCUGAGCGACUAAGGCAGCUGCAAUCAUCUCGAGUUUGACACCUCCGCAGAUCCAAAUUGUCCAAAGAUCAAAUAACAUGAGUGGUAAUGUUCGUCCUUUCCUGACUUUCGAUCCAGUAUUUACCUCUAAGAAAAAAACAAUCAUUAGUUCCACGAUUCUCAUGCGCCUGUAAAUCCGUACCACGUCCUACUCUCCGACAGUCGAGAGACAAGCAAUUUCUCGUGUACCUGAGAAAAGUGCAAGGAUGUCACGUAGCAGGAAGCAGGAUCAUGAGGCAUCCAUGCACAUGUACAUGCAAUGGGGAUUCAACUGUAUUCGCAAAAAAGUGAGCUAUGAUCAUGGCUUAAUAAUCUUGCCGA